AUGAACGCUCCCAAGGAUCCUAAAGUAAAACCACCGGCUAUUGACGCCUAUGAUGGCACGUCUGACCCUGAUGUGCACCUUUUGGCCUAUCGGCAUCAUAUGUAUGUCCAGGGAACUACUGAUGCAACCUGGUGCAAAUAUUUCCCGUCCACUCUGAAAGAGGUUGCCUCCAAAUGGUUUGAGAAGUUGCCUGCGGGAACGAUCAACACAUAUGCCGAACUGGAGAUGUUGUUUUCGGCAAGAUUUAUGGCUUAUAAAGAAGAGAAAAAGACGAGCAUGCAUUUGGGUCGAAUACAGCAAGGAAAAGAUAAAUCUUUGCGAAGCUAUGUUCGACGUUUCAAUUUGGAAUCAGGACAGAUUCCAGACCUACCUGACGGGGUGGCGUUUGAUAAUUUCUUUAUGGGACUUAAGAAGGGGUCUUUUAAGUUUGAUUUGGUGAAGAAAAGUGUGAGAACCAUGGCCGACGCUCUGGAUGAGGCCGAGUCCUUUAUUCAUGCCACUGAAAUCUGCUCCGUCCCCAAAGAGUCUAAGGGAACAGAGGCCACAGAUCAUCCUCAGCGCAAGGAUAAGUCAGACAAAAAGACCAGCCGUCCGAAUGGGACAUGGGCCAUUGAAAAGAAAGGAUAUCAUGAAGACCGCUCCCAGGGACAGAAGAGAGGACGACCCUAUGACAAAGAAAGGUUUGAAUACAACACUGACCUGUAUACACUUUCUUCUCUUGUCAGUUAG